AUGGAGAUUGGCGUCAAAGCGAUCGUAAGGAAAUAUCCAAUCCUCGGUCCGCUUGUAAUGGAAAUGAUGAAAGAAGAAGCUGCCAAAGGAGACCUAUCGUUGAAAUACGUACUAGCUUUGCCUAGAAAGUAUCAUGAAUUCAUUUCGGGCGUAUUGCAAAAGCGUCGGGAGUUGACAUACGGCUCCUCCUCACCACGACACAUGUCAAGAGAACAAAGGAAUGAGGCAAAUAUAAAGGCAUACGAACUCUACAAGCAAGAUAUGGAGAGGAGAAAGGUUCGGUCGGUAAUUAGGGCGGCCUCACGGAACAUGCGUGAUGCUGGAAAGCAGACAGAGAAGGGGAAAAUGAGCAAGUAG